AUGCAAGAGGACAAACAGCAGCAGUUGCAACGACAGCAGCAGCAGCAGCAAGCCAUACAGCAGCAGCAGCAGCAGCAGCAGCAGCAGCAGCAGCAGCAGAGAGCCCACCCGUUGCAGCCUGCUCGAGCGCAUUCGCAGAAGGAGGAACCUUCACUUCCGGUAGUUGCAGCGGCAGCAAGCUUGCCUCAUCAAACGCAACUGCAGCAGCAGCAGCAGCAGCAGCAACAGCAGCAGCAGCACAGCAGCAGCAGCACAGCAGCAGCUGAAAUUGCAUUCCGCUUGCAGCAGAGCCGCAGCUUCACAGCAGCAACCAGCAGUGCUGCAGCAGCAGCACGAGCAGCGGCAGCGGCACGAUGCCCAGCAGCAAAAAGGCUAUGA